GAAAAAAAAAAACACCACCCUGGAAGCUUGUACUGCAGUGGGAAGAUGAGAGUCCAGCCAGCAGGGGUAGAAGGAUGUAGCCGGUGUCUGCUGGGAGAGGGGACGGCUCCCAAAGUGCCGUGGGGGGGCAGGUGGUGGCUAAAGGUUUCCUGGGAACAGUGAUGUGUCCCAGCUGAGCCCUGAAGGAUGCUGGGUGUGGCAGGGGUUGCAUCAGGGAACUGUUUGUAUCCACUCCAGCUCAGGGGAUAGAGCAGGGUACAAAAGUAGGGGACACUGAGGAGCGAGGUGGGGACUGGUCAUUGGAUCAAGGGGUGUGCACUGGGUAGGGCGUCAUGUGGAUGGGUUUUGUUUGAGCCGAGAGGUGAAGGAUGGACAGGAGGGAGACAAACAGGGAGACCUGUUAGGCUGAUGUCAGGGGCCAGGUGGGGUGUGGUGGGCUCGUGUGGUGCAGUGGCAGGCAUGCGGAGGAAGCACCCGCCGUCUGAGUUUUGCAGUGGAAAGAGUGGCUCUGGACUGGGGGUGCCUCUCAGAACUGGGCUGCUGGCUGGACUGGGAGAGAGGCAGGUACCUGGUGUCCAAGCAACACCUCUCACCCACCAUACUUUGUUACAUCCCAGCACUCAUCUCUCCCCGUCCUGCCUAGCUCUGCUGGGCUUAGUAUUUGGGGCAAGUCCCUCUAGGGGAGAGAGGGGCUGGUUUGGCCCCAGUGCUGAACUUCAACUUGGCCCUUGCCAGGAGCUGUGAGAGUGGUGCCUCCGGGCUCCUGGGCUCUACCUCUGCUGUGUUUUUGGAUUUCUGGUGCAUCACCUAGGAAUCAGUCUGCAGAUCCUGGGGGCCCCAAGUCAUUUAGGGUCCAGUCCCUGCCUCCCACUCCCCUAAUGAUGAAAGAAACUGGAAGUUCCCCAAUCUUGAUCUCCCCGAGACACCAGAAGGUGGACCCUCAGCAAAGAGCCUGGGGCCCCACAGUGGGGAUGUCACAGGCAGGAUCCUCAUCUAUGGGAUCCCAAGAGAAGGCUGAAAGGCUGGGGAGCUGGUUCUGUGGGUCCCAGCAGCCCCACCCCAAUUCUGAUUCAGAAGGAGGACCGUGCCACCCACGCAUGUGGAGGUCUCUCUGUGGUCAGCCUGUGUCCCUGGGCCCAUCCUGUCUGUUCCCUUCUCUCUCUGAGGACCAGGACUCAGGGUGGGGUGUCCACUAACUCCACAGGGGUCGAGGUUAGACAGCAGGAGGAACUUACAGCCCAUCUCCAGGCUGACUGUUCCUAGGAGCCACUUCAUAGACUCCAUCUCUUCCCUGGCCUGCUGCCCGGAAUUGCUGGAUUUACCUUCGCGUCCUUAAACGUGGUCAUGUUUGCUCUGGCAGCGUCCUGGCUUGCAGGGCAGGGGAGGCAUUGUCUUUUACAAGAAAGGUUCUCUCUCUCUCAAGUUUCAGGGAAAGUGUGUCUGAGGCUACUGGAACUCUCACCAGAUUUGCAAAAUCACUCCUGUUCUCUGAAUGCCUGCGGAUGAAGAAACAGGCAGGGCUAUACCAUUUGAUUGCUGGCUUAUUUCACAGCAUUUCACUUUGCCUUAUGAUCUCUUCAUUGCGUCCCCCUCUGCCCACUAGACUUGGACUUCAGAUCUGACCCCGGACCUGCUGGCUACCUCGGGAGGGCCCACCUCCCCACCCGUCCAGCAAGAUGCCGAUCCUCAAGCAACUGGUGUCCAGCUCGGUGCACUCCAAGCGCCGUUCCCGAGUGGACCUCACGGCCGAAAUGAUCAGCGCCCCACUGGGCGACUUCCGCCACACCAUGCACGUUGGCCGGGCCGGAGAUGCCUUUGGGGACACCUCCUUCCUCAACAGCAAGGCUGGCGAGCCCGACGGCGAGUCCUUGGAUGAACAGGCCUCCUCUUCAUCUUCCAAACGCAGUCUCCUGUCCAGGAAGUUCCGGGGCAGCAAGCGGUCACAGUCGGUGACCAGGGGGGAGCGGGAGCAGCGUGACAUGCUGGGAUCCCUGCGGGACUCGGCCCUCUUUGUCAAGAAUGCCAUGUCCCUGCCCCAGCUCAAUGAGAAGGAGGCCGCGGAGAAGGGUACCAGUAAGCUGCCCAAGAGUCUGUCAUCCAGCCCCGUGAAGAAGGCCAAUGGCGGGGAGGGUGGCGACGAGGAGGCGGGCAUGGAGGAGGCCGUGCCCCGUCGGAAUGGGGCCGCGGGUCCCCAUUCCCCUGACCCCCUCCUCGACGAGCAGGCCUUUGGGGAUCUGGCAGAUCUGCCUGUCGUGCCCAAGGCCACCUAUGGGCUGAAGCAUGCGGAGUCCAUCAUGUCCUUCCACAUCGACCUGGGGCCCUCCAUGCUGGGUGACGUCCUCAGCAUCAUGGACAAGGAGGAGUGGGACCCCGAGGAGGAGGAGGGUGGUUACCAUGGCGAUGAGGGCGCCACUGGCACCAUCACCCAGGCUCCCCCGUACGCUGUGGCGGCCCCUCCCCUGGCGAGGCAGGAAGGCAAGGCCGGCCCAGACUUGCCCUCCCUCCCCUCCCAUGCUCUGGAGGACGAGGGGUGGGCAGCAGCGGCCCCCAGCCCCGGCUCGGCCCGCAGCAUGGGCAGCCACACCACACGAGACAGCAGCUCCCUCUCCAGCUGCACCUCGGGCGUCCUGGAGGAGCGCAGCCCUGCCUUCCGGGGGCCGGACAGGGCCCGGGCUGCUGUCUCGAGACAGCCGGACAAGGAGUUCUCCUUCAUGGACGAGGAGGAGGAGGAUGAGAUCCGCGUGUGAGGCAGACAGUGGGUGGCCACCCGGAGCUCUUGUCUGCAUCUUCUCCCUGCCCCCACCCUACUAUGACCUUUGACCUUGUGGCACAGGGGCAGCCAGGACCCUUGCUUCAAACCACGGACCCUGGACCUUGUAGAUGAGGGACACUGGCCUGGCCCUCGGGCAUUUGGAGGACGUGGGGGGCUGGCAUGGGUGCCGACUGGCUGCCUGACUUCAUCAUGCUCCCUGCACUCAGGCUGCGUGGGACAAGGGCUGUGUUCUCACAGCAGGAAUUGGUUUUCCUCUCUUGGCCUCCCUUUCCUCCACCGUGGCCUCAAAUGGAUGCCAGAUGCCAACCCGAGUUCCUGCCACGUGCAGCCAGCGGGUCAGCCCGGAGGCAGCCUCAGCUCCAGGGCUAAGGACACUCGACUCCCCUUUUCUCUGCUGGUGUUUCUGCUGUGCCCAGUGGUGGCUGCUGGGGAAGCAGCUGCAGCAGGACGGAGAUGGUCUUGCCUCUCAGCCCCUCCCUGCUCCACCCCAGCUCCUGCCCUGGAAAUCUGGAGCCCCUUGGAGCUGAGCUGGACCAGGGGACCAGCCACGAGCACGUGCACUAAACGCAGCCCUUUCCAGGGGAAGAGAGCAGGAUGGGAAAUGGAAGGGAAGCCCCCACACUUCGUGAAUUGCAAGAAGGGACCCUUCCAGGAUGACACUAGGAACAGGGCUAGGGCACUCACUCAGUCCCUAGGGGCUUGUGUGUUCUUUAUUAUUAUGUAUAAAUCCUUAUAGAGCAAUAUCAGGAUGGUGUUAAUAGGUCUGCCUCAGAAGGAGAAUCAAUCCUUUUAGAAAACCUUUAUACUAAACCUCUUCGAAAUUCACAGCGGCGAUUAGCAGACUGGGGUCUGGGGACAGCCGUGGCAAAGACACCAGCUCAACUUUAGUGCUUCCCAACGUUAUUUAGAACGACACGGGGUGGGUGUCUGGUGUGUGUUUUCCCUACCCACCCCCCAUAGCUAUCAACAUCUGAGGAAGGCCAGUGUAGAACAUUUUUGGAGAAUUAUUAUUUUUAAAAUAAUAUAUCAUUCCUAUGGGGGGAAGCUUUUUUUUGACUGAGUUAUUCUCUCCCUCCCCUCAACACCCUCAGUACUGACUACUUCCUCUUCCUUUCUCAGGCCUCCCCGCAACGACUUUUGAGGCCAGGGUUGCCAGAUUUAGCAAAACCAAAACAGAGUGCUGAGUUAAAUGCAAAUUUCAGGUAAACAAAAGAUAAUGUUCUAGCAUUAAUAUGUUCCACGCAAUAUUUGGAACACUUACGCGAAAAAUGAUUUGUUUUUCUGAAAUUCAAGUUUCUCUCUGAGUCCUGUAACUCUCCCCAAGGGAAUUGAGCAGAAGCUCGGGUGUCAGCCCCGAGGUUGACCGUCAGUUAUUUGUCUGUCCUGGGAACAGCCUGACCCACCUCCCUGUUUCCAUGUAGCCGGUGUGGGGACGGGGAGAGACAGAACCAACCACAACCAGGGGCGUCCCCACGGCGACUCUGGCCUGGCCUCUCCUCUCUUGCCUGACUCAAGACACUAACUUAGUUCCUGGUUCGGUGCCCUGUUGGUGCUCCUGUUUCUAAUAGCUUAGGUCCCACAGUAGGGGAGGAACCACGGGGUCUGUGGAGCCCCCGCCAGCUGCCCUCGAAUCCUAUCCAGGCCAGUUCCAGAUUCUUACUGAAUUUUUUCAUGAUAUUGUCAAAACAAUGAGGAAACAUUAAAAAAAAAAAAAAAAAAAGCCCCAAAGC